AAUUUAUGUCAGGUUUUGACGUUUUGUUAAAAAAUAUUUCGAAAAGUCAGGCCCACUGUUCGAAGAAUUAUCAUUCCUAGUAGAGCCGAAUCAAAUUAACCAGUAAUUAUAUACCAAGACCCAAAACACCUUUUAAAGUACGUAUAUUUUGUACUUUUACCAGGCUAAUUUUGGCGGACCAAUUUUCAUCAAAAAUCCAAAAAAAAAAUUGUACGUAAAUAUGCGUAAGUGAUAUCGAAACACGAUGGCAUUAUUACGCGUAAUAUUCAAAAUCAGCACUCUCGGACCCUGUACGAAUUUGAUCAGAACCUUUGCUGAGGCUGCUGCGGGCACAGCAGCUCAACGAAUCCCUCGGCCACCGCUGGCCCCAGGUUGCGGCGCGAUCCUGAAAGACGAAAACCCUUGCAAAGUAAACCGCUUGAAGGGGCUUAUUUUGGGAUGCUACUCGAACAUCGACGAUUUGUUCGAUCCUGGAAAAUUGACGCCCACAGGUGAAAGGUAUAACUCCAUGGUAUGCGGUAGAUUGUUCGAACUGCUAUCGGUGGCCGGAAAACCACCGCCCAAAGGCGAAGUCCGAGUAUUUUUCAAUUUGGACGACGAGUUUAAUUCGGUAGCAGUCGUCGGAUUGGGCAGAGAAUGUCAAGGUUACGACGUGUUCGAACAAAUGGACGAAGGCAAGGAGACUAUCCGAAUUGCUGCAGCCAAAGGGGCGAAGGCCUUACAGAAAAUGAACUCCAUGAAGGUUUUCGUGGAAAGUUUCGGACACGCCGAAUCGGCCGCGGAAGGUUCCGCCUUGGGCGUGUGGCUCUACCAAGAGAAAAAAAAGAAGUCGCAUCAAAUUCUCAUUCCUCAACUAGAAUUGUACGACGACUGCGACUGGACCGGUUGGCAAAUCGGUUUGCAGAAAGCGGCCGCUCAGAAUUUGGCCAGGCAACUCAUGGACACGCCGGCGAAUCUUAUGACGCCUACUUCAUUUGCACAAAACGCCGUUGAAGUACUGUGUAAAUCGGGCGUCAACGUUGAAGUCAAAGUACGUGGGUGGGCCGAAACGCAAAAGAUGUACGCGUUUUUGGCCGUGGCUCAAGGAUCUUGCGAACCGCCAAUCUUUUUGGAGCUCAGUUAUUACGGAGCGUCUAGAGACGAACGACCUGUGGUUCUUAUUGGUAAAGGUAUUACCUACAACAGCGGCGGACUAUGCCUAAAAGAAACCAACAAGCAAAGAUUCAUGCGUGGCGACAUGGGAGGUGCUGCGUGCGUGGUUGCUGCGUGCCGCGCAGUUGCGGGUCUGCAAUUGCCCAUCAACAUUCGAGCUCUGGUACCUCUCUGCGAAAAUAUGCCUGGCUGCGCGGCAAUGCGACCCGGCGACAUUGUCAAAGCCAUGAACGGUAAAAGUAUAAAAAUCGAAUCGACUGAUACGGCAGGAAGGCUCUGUGUGGCUGAUGCUUUAGUUUAUGCUCAAAACUUUUGGCCAAGAUUCAUCGUAGAUGUUGGUACAAUGACAAAUGACAUGAAACACUCCCUAGGAGCUUCGGCGAGUGGAGUUUUCUCCAAUUCUGAAGCCCUUUGGGAAUACAUGCUUGCCGCCUCGAUGCAUACCGGAGACAGAGUUUGGAGAUUCCCGCUUUGGGAACAUUUCACAAAACUCGUGGCUCAUCAUCAUGCUCAAGAUGUCAAGACUUAUGGUAGAGGAGGAAGCCCGAGAUGUGGUGAGGCUUGUAAAGUGGCAGCCUUCCUCAACGAAUUCGUGCCUUGCGGCGAUUGGUUGCAUAUGGACACUUAUGGCGUAAUGCGGACAGACGGAAAAGACUAUGCGUAUCUUAGAGAGGGAAUGUCGGGGCGUCCGACUAGGACCCUGGUGGAAUUCUUAUCGCAGCUCGUGUGUCAUCGUGAAUAAUUUAUUUUUUUCUUAUCUUUUUUGGCCCAUACCUUUCGUCCAUUAACGGCGAAGGGAAAAUUAUUUUUGAGUGAUUUUCGUCUUCAUAAACUGUAUAUUUUUUGACGUAUUUUUUUUUUGCAACAAUAAACAUGUUAUACUAUUAA